AUGUGGUCCAAGAGGAACCAACCCACGAAAGUCAAUGUGGUUACAGAGGAACCAACCUCACUGAAGUUUCUAUGUGGUCCCAGAGGAACCAACCUACACGAAAGUCAAUGUCAUCACAGAAGAACCAACCUCACUGAAUUUCUAUGUGGUCCCAGAGGAACCAACCCACACGAACCAACCUACACGAAAGUCAAUGUCAUCACAGAAGAACCAACCUCACUGAAAUUCUAUGUGGUCCCAGAUGAACCAACCUCCCCGAAUGUCAAUGUGCUUACAGAGGAACUAACCUCACUGAAGUUCUAUGUGGUCCCAGAGGAACCAACCCACACGAAAGUCAAUGUGGUUACGGAUGAGCCAACCUCACUGAAAUUCUAUGUGGUCCCAGAGGAAACAACCUCCCCGAAAGUCAAUGUGCUUACAGAGGAACUAACCUCACUGAAGUUUUAUGUGGUCCCAGAGGAACCAACCUACACGAAAACCUCAAUGUGGUUAUAG